AUGGCUAACCUACGUGAAAAAUAUGGCCCUGUUUUCACCGUCUAUUUUGGGACACGUCCAGUUCUGGUCUUAUGUGGACACCAAGCUGUGAAGGAGGCCUUCAUAGACAAGGCAGAAGAGUUCAGUGGAAGGACUACCAUGCCUUCAUUGGAGCCUAGUUUCCAGGGAUAUGGAGUGAGUUUUUCCAAUGGAACACGUUGGAAGGAACUGCGCCGGUUCUCCCUCACGGUCUUGAGGAGUUUUGGAAUGGGGAAAAAGUCUAUUGAAGAGCGAAUCCAAGAGGAGGCCCAAUUCCUGCUGGAGGAAUUUCGGAAGACAAAGGAAAAUCCUUUUGAUCCUACCUUCUUCCUCGGCUGUGCAUUCUCCAACAUCAUUUGCUCUAUUGUUUUUGGGAACCGCUUUGACUAUGAGGACAAAGAAUUCCAGGCUUUCGUAGGGAUGGUACAUAAAUUCUUCUGGGAAAUGAGCACCGCCUGGGCCCAGCGAGCUGCGAUGCAGAAGGAUGAGGUGGGCGUGGCUAAGCACAGCUCUUCUUGA